UGACGACAGCCUGUUGAGUGUUUAUACGAGUUUGUGGAAUAAGAAACACUGACGACCUCGAUACUUCAGUGAAAGUACUCUUUCACGUGGAAAGUCCAGGUAGGACGCUGAACUCAAUAUCUAACCGAUCGUAGUUGCAAUCGGACUGCAUCAUAAAAAGGAAACAAACUUCAAUCGGUACUGUUCGCUGGCAGUGGUCGAUGCUACCGGGAGAAAGUGUCAUCUUAGGCCUUGACGCUGCGCCCAGCUGUGGGCAACACCGCGAUGAAUGAACCCGCGACAUCCGAGCAAAGCGAUUUGGAUCUGUUAAUCGCUAAAGUGACCGGAAGUCUAGGCAAGGAGUACGAAGAUGCCUACUACGACCUGUCGUCGCCGAACGAGUCGUUCUUCCUAGCGAGUAUGUUCUUUUUAAACAUCACACCGAAGCACGUCAACGAGAAAGGGGAGAAGAGGACCGUCAAGGUCGUGGUGAAGAGGCCUUCGCCGUUCCCCGGCGUUCGGGAGAUGCUGAGGUCCGACGCUCAGUUUCACAACGAGAUAUUGUUUUACAAUCAAUACGCCCGCGGCCACGAGGAUCUACCUGGCUGCUAUUACACAGAUGAAAACCCGCCGGUCAAGUCUGUGAUCGCACUGGAGAACAUCGAGGAGAGGGGAUUCACAUUGAGCUCGUGGAGAUAUAACGUCCCCAUGGAAUACACGGUAGCCGCGUUCCAAGAGAUGGCGAGGUUCCACGCGAAAGGCUACGUGAUGAAGGAGCGCAGUCCAACGGAGUUCUUCGACUUCGUGGAGAACAUACAGGAAACGAGAUACGACAACGAUCCGGAGAACGGUUUCGGGAUUAUUACGAACAUGGUAACGAACAGGAGCAUCGAGUAUCUUCGUAAGCACGGCCACAACAAGGAUUUCUGUGACAAAAUGGACGUAUAUUUGAGCAACACGUACGAAAACGUGGUAUUGAGAUGCAUCAAGGCUGAGGAGCCGCUCGUCACGCUCUGCCACGGUGAUUUCACAAUGAACAACAUCUUCUUCAAGAAAGAGGGGGGUGAAAUACGAGCUAUGUUAAUCGAUUUUGCGUUAAUACGCUACGGAUCGCCUAUAAUCGAUCUGUCCACCUUUCUCUGCCUGCAUUGUGCCGAAGAAAUCGGGAAGGACUUGAUCGACAGUGGUCUCAAAGCGUACAAUGACUCGCUUAUACAGUGUUUGACGGAGAACGGUAUUAAGAAUCUCGAACGGUUCUCGUACGAGGCUAUCUGUAAUGAUUACAAGGAGAAAGGCAUGUUUGGUUUCGCGAUUGCGGCAUUUUUCUUGGCCACGGUAAUGGGAAGAGCCGAGCAAACUAUAGAGGACAUGUCAAACAUGGAUUCAAUCGAGGCGGCGAUUAUAUUGCGCGAUCUGGGCGGCGACGAAAUCUCUGAUAUACUGGCGAAGAUGUUGCUUAUCCUGCAAGAAUAUGGGUGCUUAGAUUGUGCUCUUUAACCCUUGCAGUAUGUAGAUCCAUGCAGACCCACCAGACAUUGCAUACAGAAAUAUCUUGAACUUUCACUUUGUUGUUUCCUUGCUCUUUUUUAUUGCUAAAGAAUGUUGUAUUAACUGAGCAAUUGAACAGUGCAAAGAUUGAUAGAAAGGAUAAUAGCCAUCAAGUCAAGGCGAAGAUUAUUUGUACAAUAACAUUAGUGUAUUAACUCUUGUUGGGAGACUUUAGAGUAGAACUUUAUUUAUCCGAACUUAUUCGGGGAUAAGUUGUUUCUGAUAAAUAGAUGGUUUGGACAGUAAAAAAACAACCGAUUCUGAUUUUCAUUAUUGGUGCUUCUGGAUUUCAGGCUGUACAUAUAUCUUUUUCGAAUAUACUGAUUUUUUGUUUUGACUUUUGUCUUUUCCUGGACGGAUCAACGUUGUUAAUAAGGUUAUUGUAUUUUAGGGUUAAUUUAAUAAUUAGUACUUAAUAAUUAGGGUAAACUUGGAGUAUAGACUUAUGCUCACGAUUUGUGAGAUGAGACUUGUUGAAAUUAUAUAGCUACAAAAUUAAUUAAGAAAAUAUUCACUAUAAGGUGUUUAGAAACGGUUUAGGUAUAUAGGUUAGUGUCAUAUUAUUGAAAUUAACAUUUUUUAAAGCAUGUUCAUAACUUUUCACGUGACUAACAAAAAUAUUCCCUUAAACUACGCGAAUAAAAUGAAUACUUGUCGUCAUUGAUUUUAGAAAAUACCUUUUUUCAUUCUCAUAAAGUAAUUAUAUGAGAAACAUCCUAUGAAAGUUGUGAGAUAAUUUUAUCAAAACUAAUUCUAAGAAUUUUACAUUUACAUAAACGUAUUAAAUAUUCCGUUUGUUUACGUGACUAGGUAUAUACAAAUUUUUAAAGGUAGUUUUCUCUUAGAAGGUGUGGAAUUAAAUUAUUUCUUUCCACUAUAAAUGGUUAGUUCUUUUCGUUCAUUUUUUAACAUACAUGUAUUAUAGAAUGAAUUUAAUAAGUAAGCUAUAAGUUGGAUCACAUGUUGUGGUCUAAGAGAUAUUUUUUAAUGAUAAUUUUUAUAAAAUACGUAGGAUUGUGUAACUGAAAUAACACAUCUAGUUCAUGUAGAGACCUUGAAUCACUUAAACGUCCCGAAUUAAGUCUGUACGUGUCAAUGAGUGGGCAACGAGUGACGAAGUAUUAACUAAGUAGUCAUAAUCUAAUGAUGUAUAAUUCUCAGUUCAUUUAAACAUAUAUUGGCUUAACAGUACGUUUACGGAUAUUUGUUGUGCAAUUUGUCUUAUUAUUAAUAGAAAAAUUGAUAUUCAUACAUCUGGAUCUUGGAAACUAGAGCUUAAAAAAUUAACAAUUAAUUUACACAUUCAUAUAAAUAUUCCAAUCAAAAUCAACGUAACCCUUUACCGAAUAAUGUUCAUAAAAAUCAAUGUAUAUCAAAUUGAAGUAUUAAACUGUGUUUACCAUUAAACUUAAAAAUACAGUGUCUUGUAUUUUCUUACAGAAAUUGCGAGAGUGAAUUUAUUAAGACCUCAAUUCAUUUAUAUAUCAGUUUGUAUACAUAGGUAUCGCUAAAUUAAUUUCUAGUCUUAAUAUUAUUCUUAAAUAUGCAAAAAUAUACAGUAAGUAGGUGGGAAGUUACUUUUAUGAAUUAUUGUACAUAUCAGUUUUACAGGAAAGUUCUAUCCAUUUUUAAAAGAAAACAAUACAUUUUCAGUACAUUUAUUAAUACUUACUGAACAAUAUAAUGCCCAUGGUUACUAAUUACCUCAUCCCAGCGUGAUGGUAAUUCGCGGAUUCCAUUCCUGCAGAAUAACUCAUCUUUGGAAACUCGAGAUGUCACUAUCGGACGGGACUUUCCGGUAGACCUAAUAUUUAUCACUUUAUCCAACGACAUCCUUUUCCUAUUCUUUCAUACCGGGUUACCAUUCCCUGUCCGGUGCCAUCGAUUACAAGACACCCUGUAUAUACCAUGAAAUAAAGCUCGCCGGCACGGGCUGCCGAGACGAUGUGCGAAAUUAUUCUUUCGCCUAUGCAAGUACGGAUCUGCCUUUCAAAUAGAGGUACUCCGGCCGCGCAGAAAAACUUUGU